AUGUCCCCAGUGUCCCCAACAAUCCCUGUCCCCAACAUUCCAUGUCCCCUCUGUCUCAUUGUCCCCAAAACUCCAUGUCCCACUGUCCCCAACAUUCCAUGUCCCCAACAUCCCUCAUAUCCCCUCUGUCCCAGUGCCCCCAACAUUCCACCCCUCUGUCCCAUUGUCCCCAAAACUCCAUGUCCCAGUGUUCCCAACAUUCCACGUCCCCAACAUUCCACAUCCCCUCUGUCCCA